AAAAGCGCUGUACAAAUAAAUGUGAAUUGAAUUGAACUUUUUCCCAUUGAGAUGAAUUGGAAAAAUUGUCCCAAUCAACCUGAAUUCACCCUAUAUAUAAAUAAUACACUGUACAUAUAGUAUAAAAUUACAUAAUAUAACAGUUAAGCAGUCAGAUUGAUUUGGCUAAAGAAGCAGACUGCUGUGAAGUGAGAUACAUGUCAACUGAUGUUGAAAUCUUUGGCGUAGUACGACACAGGUGGCAUGACUCUAGUCUCUCGGCAUAUUACACUUAAAUGCCACACAGCUGCAGAAACUUGAGUGGGUGUUCGACCGAAAGGUGUGGACAAUUCCCUGCAUGUGUGACUGCUGUUCUGAAUAAUUUAAUCUCAUAAUUACUGCUGGUUAUCAAAGUAUCUGGUUUUAGCUGUAGUCCACAGCAAUGUGUGAGCUAUAAAAUCAUUCUCACUCUCUCUUUCUCUCUCUCAUUUCUCCUCAGAGAGAGAUGCAGAUGCAGGAUAACCAUCUCGCACGGCAGUUGAUUCGCUUACGGGGGGAGAUCCACAGGCUGAAGGUGGAGCAGGUGUGUCACCGUCACAAAGAGAUGCUGGAUGACGCUACGUAUGAGCUGGAGGAGUGCGAGGAGGAAUCAGACCUGCUGUGUGACAUCCCCAUGAAAGCCGCCUUCACUCUUUCCACAACUCUCAAACAUCUUGGUCUCACCAAAAUGAACCUCAAUUCCAGAUGAUUCUCACUCUGUUGAGAGGCAGACGCCCCUCAAGAAAACUCCAAGACUCCAACCGGCACACACCCCCAUCAGUGUUCCCGACUGCUCAGGAGAUAAAACCGACGGCUUGGCUGUGAUCCCGAGCAGCAGCCUCACAGGAAGUAGAUGAUCCUGAAUGGUACAUGGCGGAGUCUCUGUUUACCAGGCAGAAGGGAUACAUACCACAGAAUUUUGUAGCAAAACUGAACAGAAUGAAGACAAAACCGUGGUUCUUUAAAAAUCUCUCCAGGAAUGACGCCACUAGGCAAUUACUGGCCCUGGGUAACACACAGGGCUCCUUCCUCAUCAGAGAGAGUGAGACCACACCAGGUAGUUUCUCUCUAUCUGUGAGAGAUCUUGACCACACACAGGGCGACGUCAUCAAGCACUACAGAAUCCGCAACCUGGACGCAGGCGGAUUCUACAUCACCACCAAGAUCUCCUUCAGUUCCCUCUCAGAGCUGGUCAAACAUUAUUCACGAGAGGCUGAUGGACUAUGCACCCGCCUGGUGAAGCCGUGUCAGACCCGAGCCCCUCAGAAGCCCUGGUGGCAGGAUGAGUGGGAAGUACCCCGUAAGUCUCUCAAUCUAGAGCGCAGACUGGGGCAGGUGCAGUUUGGAGAAGUAUGGAUGGAAAACCUGGUGGUAGCCAUAUACAAAUAUGAGCCGUGCCACAGUGACGACCUUGGGUUUGAGAAAGGGGAGAAGAUGAAAAUCCUAAAUGCAGAUGAUCCUGAAUGGUACAUGGCGGAGUCUCUGUUUACUGGGCAGAAGGGAUACAUACCACAGAAUUUUGUAGCAAAACUGAACAGCAUGGAGACAGAACCGUGGUUCUUUAAAAAUCUCUCCAGGAACGAAGCCAUUAGGCAGUUACUGGCCCCGGGUAACACGCAGGGCUCCUUCCUCAUCAGAGAGAGUGAGACCACACCAGGUAGUUUCUCUCUAUCUGUGAGAGAUCUUGACCACACACAAGGCGACGUCAUCAAGCACUACAGAAUCCGCAACCUGGAUGCAGGCGGAUUCAACAUCACCACCAAGAUCUCCUUCAAUUCCCUUUCAAAGCUGGUCAAACAUUAUUCACGAGAGGCUGAUGGACUAUGCACCCGCCUGGUGAAGCCGUGUCAGACCCGAGCCCCUCAGAAGCCCUGGUGGCAGGAUGAGUGGGAAGUACCCCGUGAGUCUCUCAAUCUAGAGCGCAGACUGGGACAGGGGCAGUUUGGAGAAGUAUGGAUGGGGCUGUAUAACAACAACCGUAGAGUGGCUAUCAAGAGUCUCAAGCCAGGUACCAUGUCCAUCAGUGCUUUCCUGGCUGAAGCAAACCUGAUGAAGACCCUGCAGCACCCUCGACUCGUGCGACUUUUCGCUGUGGUUACACAGGAGCCCAUUUAUAUCAUCACAGAGUACAUGGAGAACGGCAGCCUGGUGGAUUUUUUGAAGACUCCAGAAGGAUCUAAUUUAACCAUCAGUACUCUGAUCGACAUGUCCGCCCAGGUCGCAGAGGGAAUGGCUUACAUAGAGCAGAAGAACUACAUCCAUAGAGAUCUGAGAGCUGCCAACAUUUUAGUGUCUGAUGAGCUCAUUUGCAAGAUUGCUGACUUCGGCCUUGCCCGCCUCAUCGAAAAUAACGAAUACACUGCCAGAGAGGGUGCAAAGUUUCCUAUCAAAUGGACGGCACCUGAGGCCAUAAACUAUGGCACCUUUUCGAUCAAAUCAGAUGUCUGGUCGUUUGGAGUACUGCUGACAGAGAUUGUUACCUAUGGAAGAAUCCCAUAUCCAGGGAUGACAAACCCAGAGGUGAUCGCAAACCUUGAGAGAGGGUACCGCAUGCCUUGCCCCGAUAACUGCCCUGAGGAUCUCUAUACGAUCAUGAAACACUGCUGGACAGAGAACCCAGACAACCGGCCCACCUUUGAGUACCUGCGCAGUGUUCUAGAGGACUUUUUCACGGCCACAGAAAGACAGUACCAGGAGCAGCCCUGCUGAAAAGAUUCCUCUUACAAACAACAAAAUUGGAAAAAAAUGACAGUCCACGGGGUCACUUUAAAAACUUGCAUUGGAAAAUAUUUCAAAAUACAGUUUGUGUAAUUAAAAGAAAGAAAAAAACUGAGAUUUUAUGCCUUAUUCUAAUCGAAAAGUCUUCAAUAAUCAUGAUUAAGAGUUUAAACAUUGAUUUUGUCCAGGCUUUGUCCACAGAAUCUAUUAUGUAUAAACCAGGUGCAUGCAUACUUUUUUAGCAGUUGGGAAAAUUGAAAAAAAAAAUUGCCUACAAUUCGUCAGUUCUGAGUGUGCUCUCAAUGCUUUGUGUUCUCCCUCCAUAGCUUUUAGUAUUUCUGCUUUCUGUGCAUUCUGCUCUUUUAUUUGCCUUUUUAUUUUUUUUUAUAAAUAUCUGCAUCCUGAACUACUGAACCAGUAAAACAGUCCAAGAGAAAAA